AUGUCUAGAGUACCUGAGGGAUGGCUGGAUAGCUUACUUCGGAGCACCGCGGACGCUCCGUCGCGACCCAGCAGCGCCUUCCGAGAAGCCGCCGUCGAGGAAUUCUGCGAGAGACACCAGAUUUACCUGGAUGUGAUUCCAGGGGAGGCUGACUGGAAAGUGAGCGUCGUGGAACAGGCUGUAAAAGGGACAAAGGAACUGAUCAGCAAGCUCUUAGAGGAUGAGCCUGGCCAUCGCAGUACGUACCUUCAAUCAGAGGGAGAUCAUUCGGGGCUUCACCCCGACGCAGCACGCCCGCUAGACAUCUUUCUCCACAAAGGCGAUGCCACCGGAGCUGCUAGUGGAGAACCCAACCGGCGAGUUCGUCAGGUCCAUAGAGCGACAGAGGACUGCAGAGCAAGCCCUAAAAGAGUGGCAGGCCAAGCAACGCCUGUCCAGAGCCGCGCAUUCGCGCGGAAGGCGGGUGCUGGACGACGUGCCGGGCGAACUGGUGUUCUUCUGGCGGUCACAGGUGAGCGGACAGUCACCCGCGAGCCAGAAGAUCGUCACGGGCAGUUUCUGGGCCCAGCACGCGUGCUGGCUACGGAGACGAAUCGAGACGACCAGGGACACCUCAUGCCGAGUUCCUCGGCAUGGCUGGUACGACGUGGAGCAGGAAGUGCAACCUACCAGGACCCUCCAAAUGGAGAGGGCCGACGAGCUACGGCAUCAAGACCAUCACCCUACGCCAGGACGAGCAAUUCAUCUGGUGGUCAGUGGUGGUCUGAGGUACAGGAGGCUUUGUGGAGCGACGACGCAGUCUACUGGAAAGAUCGACAGGCGGCCAUCGAGGUGGAAGUGGCGCUACCCGAGAGCAAGCAGGGCUUGGACAAGGCCUGCCGAGACCUACCCACCUACUUCAUGAACAGCAUGAAAAAGCGAGCCGUCGAGAUCAGUGAGAAGCGCUUGACAGAGGAAGAGCGAGCGCUCUUCCGAUCUGCCAAACUGGUCGAGGUCAAGAACUUUGUGGCGGCACAGGCCUUCGAGACGAUUCCUGAGGGGCAAAGGCCAUCGAAAGAGCAAGCAGUCAAUAUGCGCUGGAUAUUGACAUGGAAACAGAAGGAAGACGGCUCUGUCAAGCCGAAGGCACGAGCUGUGCUGCUGGGAUAUCAAGACCCGGCAUACGAAAACCGCGCCACUACGGCGCCGGUCAUGUCACGACAGACCAGACAACUCGUAUUGCAGAUAGCUGCCAAUCGGAAUUGGCGGGCACUAGGCAUUCCACUUGAGUCGAUAACUAGACUCCGGCGAGCUUGCUACGGCUUGGUAGACGCACCAUUGGACACUGUGAUAGGGAUCAUAACCGGUCAUGUGGACGAUUUCUUGUUCACUGGAGAUGAGCAACACCCCAAGUGGCAACAAACCAUCAAAGCCAUCAAGGAACGAUUUCAGUGGGGUGACUGGGAUUACGAUGACUUUGUUCAAUGCGGCCACCACCGAGCGAGAAAGAAGCCAACUGAGGGCCUGCUGGGUGCCAUAUCAUGGCACGCACAGCAAGUGGCGCCGCACGCCGAAGUGAGCUUGUUGCUGUCCGAAGUCUCCCAGAGUGACGGAGAGACUAUUGCUAAGGCAAACGCGUGCCUCCGCAGGGCACGCGCUGGCAAGGACCAUGUUAUGAAAAUCCAUGCUUACAGAAGUGGCGAGGACCUUGGAUUGUAUGGUUGGGUUGAUGCCGGAAAUCAGAACAGGGUUGAUGGAUACAGUACUCAGGGUAUCUUCAUAGGGGUGGCGCCAACUUCGCUUCUACAGGGCGAGCUGUGCCCGAUCUCACCAGUGGCGUGGCACUCAAACAGGAUUGAGAGAGCAUGCCGCUCUCCCGGAGCCGCUGAGGCCCAUGCGGCCAUCAACAGCGAGGACUCCUUGUUUUACGCCAGGUACCAAUGGCAUGAGCUACUCCACGGAGCAGGCGAUGUACGAAAUCCUGUGGGAAAAGUCCUGGGAUGCUUGAUAACAGACAGCCGCAACGUGUACGACAAACUGGUGACAGCUGUGUUAACUAUAAAAGGAGCAGAGAAGAGGACGAACAUGGAGAUGAUUGCCCUCAAAGAGAGCCAGGAGUAG